GAUCCACUCCCAAACAUAACCUAUAAACCUACCCGUUGAUACGUGAUUGAUACGCACUGUUUACCACUGUUUACGUUGCACGAAGGUGAAUAAAAUUUCGAACAAGGGGACUACGGUGACCGAUGCAAUGGCUCUGGAGGACUCGUGGGACAUCGUUAAACAAGCGGCCGACAAAAACAGGCACGAAUUGGUGCUGUCUGGCGCGUCGGUAUCCAAACUGAUAAAGACGUCCGGCAUCGACAAGAACCUGUUUAACCUCCAUAGCUUGAAUUAUCUCAGCAUAACGCACACGUGUCUUCAGGAAGUACCAGACGAGAUCGAAAAACUGACGAAUCUCGCGACUCUGGUGCUGCACUCGAACGAGAUCGCCACGUUACCGUGCGCGAUCGCCAAGCUGGCCAAGCUGAAGGUUCUUGAUUGCUCGAGGAACAAGUUGACGUCUCUUCCACAGGAACUCAGCAACCAUCCUCAGCUGAGCACGAUAAAUCUCUCCUCGAAUUUGCUGCAGGACGUACCGUCGCUGAGCUCGUGUGUGAAAUUGAGUAUCCUAGACCUGUCGAGCAAUCAGCUCGUAGCCUUUCCCGAUGUUUGUUACACAGAACUCUUGCAUCUAUCCGAAAUCCACGUCAACGGAAAUCAGAUAACGGAAAUUCCAAUUACUAUAAACCGGUUGCAAGGAUUGAAGGUCUUAAAUAUGGCAGAUAACUUGAUUUCUGUUGUACCAAAUGAAUUAGCAGAUUGUAGUAAACUGAAGGAGGUGCAUCUGAAAGGGAAUAAACUGUCAGAUAAGAGACUAAUGAAAUUGAUUAACCAAUGUUCCACAAAGCAAAUACUUGACUAUGUGAAGUCACACUGCCCAAGAAGCGAAUUGUCUUCCACAGAGGCUACUAUAUCAAAGAAAGGAAGGAAGGGACAGAAGAUUUCUGAGAGCGAAAGUUCAGUGGACAGUUUGGUACAUAAAUUAAGAGUCUUGAAGGCAGUAGAUGACAUUCUGAUGAUAAAAGUUACGGACAACGUAAAGAGCAUUAGGCCUUACAUAGCCGCAUGCAUCGUGAAAAACCUAAAUUUCACAGAGGAGAGUUUUAAAAAGUUCAUCCAGCUGCAGACAAGAUUGCACGAAGGGAUAUGUGAGAAAAGAAAUGCGGCUACAAUAGCAACUCAUGAUUUGAAACUCAUUGCACCUGGGGAUCUCACAUAUACAGCAAUGCCACCCACGGAGUUAGAAAUACAACCCUUGAUGCACAACAAGACGUACACUGGUGCGGAUCUGUUCAUGAAGUUGCAAUUAGAAGCUGACAAUCUACGUAAAGAAAAGAAACGAAACGUAUAUUCUGGAAUACACAAAUAUUUAUAUAUGCUGGAAGGCAAACCUUUGUUUCCAUGCCUGUUGAAUCAAUUGCAACAAGUUAUUUCGUUUCCACCCAUCACGAAUAGUGAUCUAACGAAAAUGUCGGUGCUUACUAAAGCGAUGCUUGUGGAGGUAACGAGUUCUUUAUCAUUUACAAUCUGCAGGAAUGUGUUGGACCAAUUCUUGAAAGAAUUGAUAGUCUCGGGUCUCGCAGAUUCCGCGGAAUCGAAGGAUACGGACAACAAAUGCAAUAGUUUGACAGUUCAACAAGUCAAAAUAGUCGACACCCAAGGAAACCUAAAAUUGGUAUAUCCUUCCAGAGCAGAUUUGUCUCUUAGCGAGCAACUUGUCGUUAUAUCGCGAGAAUAGAAAGAAUACUGUCGAAAGUGAAGCUCGUGUCACACUAUGCAUUGGAGAUUAUCCUCGUUUACACCGAGCAUUUUAGUACUAAAAUAUUUACAACGUUACAUGCGUGUUGAAGAUGCGUAACAUUUUGAUUUGAUACGUCUGGUUGAUACGUAUCGUAUCAGACUAACACGUUAUCGUUUACACCAUCGAAUCUAAGUUAAUUUAUUAUGAAUAUAGUAUUUGAUACACGCGUAUCAAACGACCGGUGUAAACUAGGCUAUUAAAGAUUGCGAAUUGGAGAAUUUGUAGUUCUACGUGUCAAAUAAUGUUAAUCCCUUUUAUUUUAUUAUAUUGAACUCUACUCUCCAAUUUGCAAUCUACAAUUCUCAAAGCGUAAUCUGAUGCAUUUGAUUCAAGUUCUGUCCAACUCAUCCGCUUAAAAAUUUAAUUUUCUUUUUUUUUACAAUAAGGAAAGAAAAAGAAGGAAAAUGUGAAGAUUUGCGAGAAGUUUCUCGUUUUUUUAUCGUUUUACUCGAAAACUCGACAUAAGAGUUAUCGAGAAUAGAGUUAUUUUUCGAGUGCAUUCGUCGCGAUGAGGUAAUCGCGGAUGCGAGUCGCGCCCCUCGCGCCAUUCGGCUCGCUUUAUCGUGCCGAUUAGAGAUGUUCGUUGACAGGAUGCGGCCAGAUGCGACGGUUAUCCGCAGAUUCGAAUGUCGCCAAGGGACGUGUCGGCCAGCGCGCGGCAGCGGUGGCGGCAGCAGUGGCGAUUGUGUUGCUGACGGUGGCGCUGUCGUCUCGCAGCCGAAUCGCGCCGCCUCGACCGAGUGCCGGUGCUGAAUCCUCAUCUGUUUUUAUAAAUAUUGUACUCCGUCUACGCGUGCCACGAUCGCGUACGAAACACUCGACGUUCGUUGACCGACACUCUUCACCGCGUCCCCGCGGACCGUGCGCCGCGGUUCUCGCUCGUCCACAGUGUUCCAAACGGAUAAAAGAAGAAGGUUCCGCCGACCAAGUUCACGAACUUUCCCCAAUAUGCGCGAGUGUUUGAAGUGAUAAUAUGGCGCCGAAAUUAUGACUGGUCACGUCGGGGGAGCCAGACUUUGUUUGAGGUUAGUACGUUUUGUUCCUCCUCGAGCCGGAGGGUCCCGUGCACCGUGUCGUCGUGCGCACGGUCCGCAGUUGAGAGUCCUCCGAUUCUGGCCAACGGUCCUCGUCAUGUCGCGCGCCCGCGUCGACGUCAACGUGUCCGCGCGCCCGGUCGCGCGUGUGCGAAACCACUCGUCACGCUUUAUAAUUGAUACGUUGUUUUUACGUCCGUUUUUUACAUGCAGUCAUACCUCAAUUACGGUAUAAGUCGUACACAUUACCGUCGUCGGGCUCAUCUCUCUUUCCCCCCCCCCCCUCUCUCUCUCUCUCUCUCUCUCUCUCUCUCUCUCGCUCAUUCUCGUGCGUGGAACGGGCGUGACAAUACGAAAUAUUUUGGUUAAUUUUUGCGACGUGUCCGUUUUACACAUUUUCUUAUUCUUUCCUUUACAUUGGAUGGAAAAAAUAUAUAUUAUUGACAUAUUGUUGAUAUAUUUUCUUUUGAUUUAUAUGUUACAAAAUUUAUAUUUGUAAAGAUGCUGCACUGCACAUAGUAUUUUUUUAUUUAUAUUUGCCAUAUGUUGCAAAUUGAUACAUAAUGUUGAUGGAGUUGCUACCAAUUCUUAUACAUAUAUGUAAUAUUAAACAUUGAAAGAAUUUAGUGCAAUUACACUAGUGUAAUAAAGCAAAGAGAUGCUGA